AUGCGGCACAAGGAUUUACUGCUGGCAUUCAAAUCCUCCAGGUCUCGUGGUGCCAAGAAAUCAGGUUCGCCAUCUUUGGGUGUUUCAAAGUCUGCACGAGGAGAGAGCACUGGGCGGGCUGACUGGGAAAGUGCCCGCGCACCAAGUAGAUCACAGACGCCUAUUCGGGAGAGGUUUCUGGCUGGAGAUGAUGCUGCAAGCAGGGUGGACUUCAAAGAUACGCUUCGCCCACAUAUGAACCGUGGAGGCACUUUUGUUGGAGCUCAUGUUGAAAGACCUGAGCUGCAGGAAUACCUGUCAGCAGACCACGGCGCGCAAAAGCCUCUGUCUGAAACCUUGCGCGCAAGUUUGAGGCAGGGCCCCACUUUCGUUUACAGUGGCUCGUCCACAAAGCCGGAUGCUGGGGCUGCGUAUUUGCUGGCAGAGAAUGGAGGCGCAGCAGACUGGAAGGAUGUACUUCGACCCACUCUGCGCAUUGGCGGGACGUUCGUGGGUGUGGGACAGCGAGCUGAAGCCUCGCCUGACAUCUUGCCAGAAGCUGGGGAGACGCCAGUGUCCUUGCAAGAUACGCUUCGCAGGAAUCUCAGGCACGGAUCUACGUUCAUGCGGUCAAGGCAGCGGGAAGCGCCCCGCGACUACUGCUCGAUCCAUCUCUGGAGUUACCCGCAGUGA